UGUAUCUGGCAUUGAGAUCCCAUGGAGAAGCUGAGGAGGGGGAUGGCUCUUCAUGAAGUCUGGAUACUUCUGUUUGUAAUCCCUGGUUUGGUCACUCCAGCUGCCAUCAAUCAUGAAGACUAUCCUGCUGAUGAAGGGGACCAGACCUCCAGUAAUGACAAUCUGAUCUUUGAUGACUACCGGGGGAAGGGCUGUGUGGAUGACAGUGGCUUUGUGUACAAACUGGGAGAACGUUUUUUCCCGGGACAUUCCAACUGUCCCUGUGUCUGUACUGAGGAUGGACCUAUUUGUGAUCAACCAGAAUGCCCUAAAAUCCACCCAAAGUGUACAAAAGUGGAACACAAUGGAUGCUGUCCGGAAUGCAAAGAAGUGAAGAACUUUUGUGAAUAUCAUGGGAAAAAUUACAAGAUCUUGGAGGAAUUUAAGCCCUCGCCAUGCGAAUGGUGUCGCUGCGAGCCCAGCAAUGAAGUUCACUGUGUUGUAGCAGACUGCGCAGUUCCCGAGUGUGUCAACCCAGUCUAUGAACCAGAACAGUGUUGUCCUGUCUGCAAAAAUGAAAUCCCUGAAAUGGCCAGAUUUUAAGGUUGCACUUAACCCCCCUUCAGUCAAAGUCUAUGCAAUGUGCUGCUUGGUUGUGCAGAUGCCAGUUGAAUGUGACCAUCCAGGAGGAGACGUGUUCCCCCGCCGGACUUUGCUGGACUCCACCAUCCCUUCCUGGCUCCCGCCGGCCGAAGGCAGUAGUGUAGUGUAGCCACAGCACCCUUCAUUCCUGGGGGAUGAAGCACUGAUGGCACCCAUCCACCAAGGCAGCCUCGUGGGCGCUCGGUCACCCCACGGCCACCACCUCACUGACAGGGCGGGCUGAGGGGGCACAGCAACGACCGGCUCACGCUCUUUGGGAUCACCAGCAGGAAUGGGAACUGUGGUGCCCUGUUAGCUCAAGUACAGGAGUGAUUUGAUUACCAACAGAGGAAGAAAGGAUCGAUUUGAAAGCUGGUAGAAGAUCUAGACUGAAAAACGAGGCGGUAUAUUUGGGCCAGGCAGACACCAACCUGACACAACACUGCAGUUUGGGAGGUGUCAUUUCCCUGAAAUUGCCUUUCCAUGGAGCUGGCUCGUCCCCAUCACUUUCGGCCACGUGGUUAAAGGCACGGAGAUGCCAAACUUUCUGGUGGAAAUUCAGCACGUAAGCACCUGUGAAGAGCUAGACCCUCCAGUGCUUUUGGAAAUCUCCAGCAGUUGGAUUAUCCAGAUGCUUUAAUGCCCUGCUUACUCAAGACUGCCCUGCUCCCCGUGGGCACAGCUGUUGGAAGAGUCAUCUGAUAACAGUGAAAAGCUUUGGAAAGGUUCACAGAGGUUAAACCUUCCAAAAUUAGCCAUCCUGGUGCUGGAUGGCAUCAGGGAGGGCUGAGCUGGAGCUGCCACCUCCCGAAGUUUCAAAGGAAGUGAGACUAAAAGAGGCAAGGGAGAGGAAAAGCCUUUAGAGAACAAAAAAGCCACGAACUGAGCAGCGCUUAAUGUGAUUAACUGUAUCACACAGCUCAGUGCUCACACAAAGCAGGAGCUGCUGGACUGUGCAGUGCCAGAGUGACAGGGAUGCUGCUGGGAAAAGCUCCAUUCAGAGGGAGCUGCCGUGGGAGCCAGCGGGACAGCAGCCCCUGCGACCCGACGUGUUCGCCCGCACGCUCACGGGUCACCUGAUGCUGCCCCAGCCUUUGUGUUCUCUUCCUGUGCCCAGCGAGCAAGAAAAGGACAAUUCGCAAAUUAAACACGGCAGGAAAAGGCUCUGCCUGACAGCCAAAGGCCAGGCAGGAGCUGAAAGCCGCUAUCCUGGAUUUGUGUGCCCCAGGCCCUAACCACGCUUCUGUGCUUCCACCGCAGCAGAGUUCAAAAUGCACCCUAAGGAGGAGGGCUGGGCAGGGUUAUGAGGAGCCAUUUGUCGGAUGGGACUGGCUCCAAGGAUGUCUUUUAGUGGACACAGCUCUCAGAGAUGUGGGAAACAUGUGAUGUGGUCUGCGUUGCUCUUUAAACUCAGAAAUGUUUGUGAGGAAGCUUCUGCUCAUCAGGGAUUGUUUCCCCUUGGGAAAAUGUUGCUGAAAUUUGUGUGCACACCGGUGGUAGUGCAAGAUUCACUGUCAUCGUGAUAGUAUGGGGGUAGGUGUUAGAGAUAGAUAGAAGGGGUGUCAGUUUGGGAUUUUUUUGUGGGGAGGAAGCUCCUAGAUUGAGGUUGGGAGGCCAGGUUCCCUUUGCAGAACACAAGCAGCCAAAGCAGUACUGAAAUGAAAGCAGGCAUGCUGUUGCUGUUCAGGUGUGGUGUUGACUG